AUGUACGGGAUCCUGCUGGAGAGCAUCCAGUACUUCAUCAAGGACCGUUACGGAGAGGACGUGUGGCUGCGCAUCCUCGACACGGCCAGCAUCCGCAACCUGGUGUUCUCCACACACAAGACCUACGAGGACAAGAUCAUGGUGCGGCUGGCCGAGAGCUGCAGCAAGGUCCUCGACAACAUGACCAUCAACGACGCCAUGUACUACUUCGGCCAGUGCUUCGUCGACUUCUGCCGACACUACGGGUACGACAAGAUUCUGCGGGUGGCCGGGAGGCACUACCGAGACUUCCUGCAUGGUAUUGACAAUCUGCACGAGACGGUGCGCUUCAGCUACCCCAAGCUGCAGAGUCCAUCCUUCAUUGUGGACUCGGAGGACUAUGAUGGAUGUGUGCUGACAUAUCGGUCGAAGCGGGUUGGCUUCACGUACUAUGUCAUGGGGCAGCUGAAGCAGUGUGCUCUCCGAUUCUAUAACGUGAACGUGAUGAUCACGAUUCUGCAAGAAGUGAGAACCGAGCAUGGCUGCCAUGUUAAAUAUCGAUUGGACUUUGACAAUGUGGGAUUUUGUCCAAAGACGCCGUUGUUUUCUGGUUCCAGUAAUAUGCAGUACAUUCCUGUCUCUAGUAGUACAUUCUUCAAGUUGUUUCCAUUUUGCCUCGUGUUUGACCAAGACAUGGUACUCAAAUACACCGGACCAAACCUUGACCUCAUCCUACAGGGCCGAGACAUCAUUGACCAGCGCAUCACGGAUGUUUUCAUUCUCCGGCGCCCACUCGUAGACUUCACCUGGGAAAACAUUCUCUGUAUGAAGUCUGUGAUAUUUGAACUGGAGAAUCUCCAGCGGAUUCAGCAGCUGGUGCGUGUGAACGGGACGUCGGUGCCGCUCAUUGAGAAUGUGAACCAGGCCAUGGAGGAGCGGUCCACUCGGAGGCUGCUACUGCGUGGACAGAUGAAGUACCUCAGCGAGUGGAAGGCCAUGGCAUUUCUGUGCACACCACUAAUCUGUAACUUGGAAGACUUGGAGCAGUGUGGACUGUACAUGAAUGACCUCAACAUGUUUGACAACAGCCGAGACAUGGUCCUUGCUGGCUCACAACACGCUUCCAAGCUCGAGUAUCUCGUGGAACAGCAAAUGGAGACCAGCAAAAAGAUUGGAGAAAACCUACAGCAACUGGACCAGUGGCGACAGAAAAGUAAUGACCUACUUUACUCCAUGAUCCCGAAGAGCAUCGCAGUCAGACUCAUCAGGGGAGAGGAUCCCAUUAACACGUGUGAGGUGUUUGAGCAGGUAACCAUCAUGUUCAGCUAUCUGAUUGGUUUCAGUGAGUUUUGUGAGCGAGCGUCGGCCAUGCAGAUUGUAGAGUGUAUUAACCACGUCUUUGAAGUGUUUGAUGCCAUCGUAGACCGAUACAGAGCUUUCAAGGUGGAGACACUGGGUGAUGCUGUGUACAUGGUGGCGGCCGGUGUCCCAGAUCGAACUCUAGACCACGCCAAUAGGCUGGCGGGACUGGCACUAGAAUUUGUGGAGAAAUCACAGUUUCUCAAAGAUCCAAUCUCGGAAAACAGGCUGCGAGUAAAAAUAGGUAUGCACUCAGGAAGUGUGGUUGCAGGAAUUGUGGGUAGAAGAACUCCACAGUACUGUUUGUUUGGAGAUACUGUCAACACAGCAUCUCGGAUGCAGUCAUACAGUGAGCCAUGUCGAAUACAUAUCAGUCAGUCAUGCCACGAAAGUAUAAAAGGUUCCAACUUUGUGUCUGUCUUCAGAGGUCGAAUAAAUGUAAAGGGUAAAGGAGAGCAGAAAACAUACUGGUUGGCAGGUCGUCAUGGUGAUGCAACCACGCUUCGCAUGUGUCAGCUAAUCAAGUCAGAACAUUUCCGCAGAAAAAAUACACCCCGACUUGGCUCUUUUGACAGCCAGUUUGAUCUUCACAGUCUGCACCGGUCGGCAAGUACGACAAGUUUUUCAUCAAGCUUCGACGUCAGUGACGACGACAGUGACCUUGACAAUGAAGCAAUGGCCGUCCUGAAUGCAGAGCUUGAAGCUUGGGACUUGGAAUGUGAAAAUAUAAACCCCUCGGAUCAAAUUCUGGAGGACCUGUGUUUCAUUGACAAGGACGUGGUCCCAAGUAACUGUUCGUGUGGAGACAGUAACUGUCAGAGACCAGGGUCAGGCGGGAGGAGGUCGGGACUGUGUACUCUACCCGAGGACGGCGAGGUGUUCUAUGCCACCAAGAACAGUUAG